UUAGAUCGUACAGCCACGAUGAACCUUAACGAGCUUGAUCUGGAUGGAGCUGUGCAACAAGUCUUGAAAAAUGCUGCUAAAUGCAGGGGCAUUUUCCGUGGCUUGCACGAGUGCUCGAAAGCGAUAGAACAGCGUAAGGUUUCUGACAACAAAAAACUAGGCGAAAUGGCCGGUCUCUGCAAAUACGACAAAGAAGGGAAGGCAAGAAAAGUCGUUUCCGCUUCCUGCAUAGUUGUGCGCGAUAUUGGCGAAGAAUCUCACGGUUGGAAGUACCUGGUUGAGAAGUUCCGGAUUCCUAUUCAACCGCGGGAGUCGUGA